AUGUAUGAGCUUUUUGAUGUGGCCAAACUCUUGUCAGUGCGCAAAGAAUACAGACAGACAGAACCCGAAUCUGAAACCUCCCCUCAAAAAGUUUGCAUUAAGAACUAUGCUUGGCGAGAAGAGGGUGAAAUCUGCAUGCUGGCUCUGUAUUGCUCUAAUAAUUAUUUAUUAUUGAGACAUAAAACAGCCAAUAAAAGUCCUGAGAUUAAACAGAUACCAUGGCCAGCCGAGAAAACGAUUAUUUCCAUGUGUUUUGAUCCAACUGUAGUUUGGUUAUUGGUGAUCACUGACACACCAGAUAUUUAUAUCAUUCCAGCUUUAUGUCUCUUGGAGCCGAAAUCAAGAGUAAACCAGCUCUGGGCGACUAACGAUGCCACACAGAUAACAUUAAACAAACCAACUGGGAUGGUGACCAAGGUCUGUUGGUGGCAUACUCUAGAAGAUGAUCAGAUUGCUAUAUAUGGUACUAAGGCUGGGGAGAUCGUGCUAAUAGAUUUACUACGACGUAGAAUGGUGGCCUGUACAAGUAUACACGGACAAGUCAUAGACCUAGAUCUAAUACAAGAUGAUCAGCAGAUGACCACAGUUCUUUUGAUCACAGGUAAUUCUGGUAACCAAUGGAAACUGUUGUUAGAGAGUCGGUCGCAGCAGAACUGGAGACCAAUGAAUGAAACGAGUCUGUUAGGAUCUGAGAGACGUCUCCCCUCUAUAACUAAUAUAAUGAUGAAUUCAGAUGAAUUAAAAGGGAUGUUCACACCAGUAAAAUUCACCCAAUUUGAUCGUUCUGUUAUCCUGUACCCGCAAAACGCCAAGGGGCGCCAUUUUGUUACUGCUCACUGUGAUAAAACAUCCACGUUUCAGGUGUUUGACAGUCAUUUAGAACAUUCACCAUUUUUUAUCUACAAGUUACCGUUUGGAACGUACAACGUUAUUUUCACUGAUUGUUUGAUGUUUGCUAUAUCCAGUAUCCAUGGGCAACGGUUAUUAGUUUUAUCCAAUCAGAAAGCUGAGAUCUCUUCUGAAGACCAACAGGAAUUCAACAAGGAUGCAAUUCUACAGAAGUUUGAACUCCCACAUGGUGAAAAAGUUUUGGGAACUCAGAAGAAAAGUUUUCCAUUUUAUUGGCAUGAGAGAGCAGAGGCUGAAGAUCUUGACAACAAGAAAGAUAACUCUGUAUCUUCUUUAGAUUCCAUACGACUAUCAUCUCAUACUGUAUUAGAUGGUUGUAUUGUUGUCACUAAUUCUUCAGUGUUUGAAUGUAGACCCAGAGUAUCUCCUGAGCGUUUAUUUUUAAAAUUAGCAGUCAAGAAUAAUGAUGCCAGCGUCUCGGAAUCACUAGGAAUUAGUAUCGGUCUGAAUCUGUCAAAUUUAUUUGAAAUAGCGGCUGAUCAUCUUCUGGUGUUAAACAAUACAACUCAGGCUUUAUGUCUCUACAAACUCUCCAAGUGUUCCUAUGUUAAAAGAGUGUCUAGCCUAUUAAAGUAUAAACAUUACAGUACAGCAAUGGAGGUUCUGCAGAAAGUAUUAGGUAGUAGUCAUAUAGUACUGAGUACUAGUGAUAGAAAACAGUUGUCUAACUUGGCAUUGAAAUGUUAUAUACAUGAAAUAUACUCCUGUACUGAUACACCUAGCCAACUUAUUGAACCCUUCAGGAACUUCUUGCUGGGUAGCUUUACAUUUGAUGAAAAGUUAGCCCUGAAUCUGUUGGCUAAAUUUGGUUUUAUGGAAUUACUGCUAGACUUUGCAAAGGCACGAGGUUUAGUAAUGGAGGGUCUAGAUUUAUUACAAGAUUAUGGACGUUAUGAUAUACCUCUUGUUUUGUUAGAAGAUCUCAUAUCUCGGGGCUUUCAUGCUCAUCUUCUUAAAGCUGGUGAAGGUAGCUAUCUACAAUGUCUAUCAGCCGAAGACCUAGUAAAAUUAUUAUUAGUUAAACCCCAGCUUGCCAUACGGAAUGUAGCCAUGUUGGAACCAGAAGUAAAUUCCUUGUCUCUUGAAUCAAUGUUAAAACUAGCAGACGUCUUCGACCCGUCGAAACCGUUGAUGCAGGGAUUUUUACGUCGUUCUAAUCACCAUAGACAAAGAACUGCUAGUUUGACUUCAUUAACAUCUUAUUCUGGUGAAAGUAUAGAUCUAGCCUCGGAGAAUAAAGAGAUAGACACUAAUCAACUGGUAGAGUUUUUUCUACGUCUGGUUUUAUUGAUUAAUAUUAAGAGAAAUAAGGAAGAGAGACCAGUUGUCAAUCUACAGGAAAUACUUCAGAACUGGAACUUUGAUUACAUUGAUGUGAAAGAAAGUGUAUCAAAUGAAAAGAAGCCAAAGCUAGCGUUACAGACCAGUCUGAUAGGAGCAGGACCAGAACAUGGUGCUAGUAUACGUAAUGGAGAUCUAUAUACUUGGGGACUGACUAGGGACGGCAGAUUAGGUCAUGGUGAUUUGGUCGGCAAGAAUUCAAUAUGUCUGCCAAGUCGCGUUGAAACGUUACAUAUGUUACAGAUAAAAGUCACGUCUGUCUCUUGUGGUGGAAAACAUACCAUAGUUCUUACUCAACAAGGGGUAUAUGGAUGGGGUAGUUCUGUAUAUGGACAAAUUGGUGUAGGAACCAGACAUACCUAUACACGUCCAAUGUUACUACAGACAUUAUUAGAUAUAGGAGAAUCAGUGAUAGCUGUAGAUUGUGGACAGUAUCAUACUCUAGCUCUAACUGAUGCUGGCUGUGUGUAUUCUUGGGGGUGGGGGGUACAUGGUCAACUGGGGCUUGGUGACCCAGAAGAUCAGCUGAUACCAAAGAACAUUGACUAUCUAAAUGAGUUUGGUGUGGUGAAAAUUAGUGCUGGAUAUUGCCAUAGUUUGUUUCUUACUGCCAAGGGUGAUGUCUAUUCAUGUGGCUGUGCAUAUUUUGGACAGUUAGGUAUAGGAGAUAACAGUAAGAGAACGACUCCUGUUAAAAUAAUCAGACUACCUGAAGUUAUAAUAGCUGUUUCUACUAGAUAUUUUCAUUCUGUGGCAAUAACAGCUAAUAAUAGAGUAUACUCCUGGGGUUGUCACCCAUACAGUCUGAGAUUCUCUGCCCACAAUAUGAGACGAGCCCGACAGCAAGGACAGCCCAUGUUAGACCCAUUAGAAAGCUUCUUGUGUCCUAUUUUAAUUGAUACAUCUUUCGUUAAUGGUAAACUUUCUCAGGUUGCCUGUGGUAGUUUUCAUACUGUAGCCUUAACAACUGAUGGGGAGGUUUAUGUUUGGGGUAGAAAUGUUGAUGGGCAACUUGGAAUUGGACACAAAAUAGAAGAGAGAAUACCAGUUAUGUUAACCAAACUGAAUGAUAAAGAGUUUCUAAGUGUUAGAUGUGGUGGAGAAUACACGAUGGCUGUAGAUAAUGACUAUCAAGUCUGGGUCUGGGGACGCAACGAGGCAGGACAGUUAGGACUACCUCUAGCAAGUGAUAAACCCUUAUCCAGAAGAAAUUUACGGAAACAAGGAAGUUCCUCAGCUCAUGCUCAAGUUACUCCUGCUAAUCUAACAUCCCUACCUUCUCAUGAUGCUGCAGGCUCAACGUCUGGUCAACAAGGAUUGUUUGCUUCUACUGAUAGUACUUGUUCUGAUCUUUAUAUCUCUGAUUAUUAUGGAGAAGAUUGUGAACUGUAUCAGCUACCUGAUUUAACUCUGAUUGGAAACAGUUUAUAUUCCUCUAAAACUAUACCAGUCGUAUUGAAGCAUCUAACUUCUUACUGUCGUAGUGUUAAUAUAUUGAGACAAGCUAUUGAUAGUGGUGAAUGGCUUACAGCAGCUGAUAUAAACAUCUUAAACCAUAAUUACAGUCAGGCUUUAUUCUGCCACCUGAAGAAGUUGUCUAAUAGUUCCGAACUAUCCAGUGAAGAAUUAUCAGAAUUGAGUGAAAAUGUUGUCGAGAAAUAUUUUGAUGUUAUUAUGGAUGACAAGAUGAAACUGGAUGUUCAAGACAAAGAUUUACAUUUCAUGUGUAUAGAGAUUAUUGAAUUUUGGAGUCAACAGAAGCUGGCUGUAUUGAAAUUAGAAGAAAUAUUUUUACAUCAUCUUUCAGCUUUAUCUUCUUCUCUCAGUCUCAUUUUAUUCAGUACCAAAGACUCUUCAAAUGAACUGAACAUCAAAUUCAGUACUAAAUUUAAUUUAAAAGUUUUAGAGAACUUGAUAACUGUUAGUCCUAGUCAUCCAAAUUCCAUGGAUCAACGACUAACACAAUGGAGGAAUUCAAUCAAUCUGGAUCCUCCUGAAGGUGAUGUUGAAAUUCCAGAACUACAGAGUGUGGAUAAACUUAUUCCUUAUGAUAGACUUUGGUCUGAUACUAUUCAAAACUUACAAAAACAUUUGGGAGAUCGUGUCGCAAUAUCGAUUAGCAGAAGUGAAUUGGAUUAUUUGAAUCAGAGUGAUGUCCCUUCCUCAUCUGAUUCAAAUUCAGCCAUCUUUUUCACUUGCGGUCAUCACCAACCAAAAAAGUUGUUUUUCGAGGAUGUUUUGAAGAAUUUUGAACGUGAAUUGACCUCUGGAAGUAUCAAGAUUCCAUAUUCUGCAAACUUGUUGACUCAAUAUUAUAAAAGGCAGGGUCUAAUACCAAUGUCGUGUCCUAAAUGUGUUUUAAACGCCAUCUGGACCAUUUCAUGAACUACUACCCCUAUUCCAAUGAGCUUUGAACUUUGAAAUUGACUUUAAGAUUGGUAUGCUUUCACUAGAUCAAUUGUAUCAAGAAAUUAAGCUUUAAAGGAUCAUAUUUUUGACUUCAAAGAUUGUUUUGCAGUGGUUGGAUCAUUCAAUUCUGAAAUAUCUUUAGGAUCAAAUUUUUAUAAUCAAGUUUUUAUUAAGCACUAAUCUUUCAAGCUAAGAAAAAAUGUUUUUUGAUCGAUUAAAUUUCAAUGCUAUAUACAUGUUUAAUGCUUUUACAAUUUGACUAUAUGUUAUACAUAUCCAACAGAAGUUGUGAAUUCUAUCCAAAACCAAAUGUGACAAACUAAAAUUCUGUAGUCAGUUAGUGGCUUAUUUUUAAAACCAACAAUAUUAACAAGUGAUAAUUAUUCCAUUGAAGACCACUUUACUGUAUUUUUUUUGUUGCAAAGUGCAAUUAUUUUGUUAUUUUUUUUAUUCUGUUGUUUUUUGUUAUAAUAUAUACAUUGUUUUU